AGUCUUCCAGAUGUGUUGCGGGGGAAAGCUACGAUGAAUGCCUAGGCCCGAUGGCUCGGGGUAUUUAUUUUUUUAGUGGCUUUUUUUUUUCCUUAAGAAAACGAUCAACGAAGUUCUGUUCUCGUCUCGUCCUGGCUUGGGACCGGGGAGCUGCUUAUGACUACUACUAAUACCGGCGCCACUGACCGCCGCUUGGGGACGAGCCUCCAUCCCUCCUGUUCGGGCAGUGGCGUGUCCGUGCCUCCAUCUGAAUACGGUCCCGCAUCAGAUCGGAUCGCAUCGCAUCGGAUGACAUUGGAGGGGAGGAUGGGGGGGAACGGGCCGCGCCGAGAGGUCUGGGUGCUGCGAACGAAAAUCACGAGGCGUUUGUGUUUCCUCUCUUGCUUGGUGCUUCCUUCUUGUUCUUUUUUUCUUUUGUCCUCGUCUAACUUUAUUCCUCGCUCUCCCCCCUUGUGCUUUCGCGGGGACACAUCUUGCUAUCUCUUACGCGUAGGCGGUAUACUAUGCACUCUCCCUCCCCUCUCCCCUCCUCCAUCUCCGUCUGUUCCUGUAUCCUCGAUCGGUAAGGGGAGGGGCGAGGAGGCAAGGAGGACAGACAGAGUCCCGUCGAGUGGACGCGGGGGGGACGAGGCGGGUAGUGGGUAGUAGGUGGUGGCUGGCUGGGUAGGCGCAGAUAACGUAGAAAUGACACAUCUCCUUUUUUAUUAUUAUAUA